AUGUACCCUGUAUCUCCCUCAUUUGGGAAUUUAUUUUGUCUGCCUGCAAGAUUUAAAGGUCUGAGAGCUUGAGCGGUCUGGGUGGCGGUGAGCAGUCCUGGACGUUGGGUGGAGCAGGUGCUGGCUUCAGGGAAGGCUCUCAGCAUGGCUGGGGUCCGGGAGGUGGGGCUCAGACCCCCGAAUGUGGCACUUCCUCACUGCCCCCCUUCACCCCCGACAGGGCCGGCUCCCGGGCCUCAAGGUCAAGUAUGUCUUCCUGGUCUGGCUGGGCGUCUUUGUGGGCAGCUGGAUGGCAUACGUGCACUACUCGUCCUAUGCAGAGCUCUGCCGCGGGCACAUCUGCCAGGUGGUCAUCUGUGACCAGUAUCGCAAAGGCAUCAUCUCAGGCUCCAUCUGCCAGGACCUGUGCAACCUGCACAGGGUGGAGUGGAGGACCUGCCUCUCCUCCGUCCCGGGCCAGCAGGUGUACAGCGGGCUCUGGCAGGGCAAGGAGGUGACCAUCAAGUGUGGCAUUGAGGAGGGCCUCCACUCGAAGGCUGGGUCAGACGUGGCGCCCCGGCGGGAGCUGGUGCUGUUCAACAAGCCCACUCGGGGCACCUCGAUCAAGGAGUUCCAGGAGAUGACCCUCAGCUUUCUCAAGGCAAACCUGGGAGACCUGCCCUCCCUGCCCGCACUGGUUGGACAGGUCCUGCUCAUGGCUGACUUCAACAAGGACAACAGGGUGUCCCUGGCCGAGGCCAAGUCGGUGUGGGCCCUGCUGCAGCGGAACGAGUUCCUGCUGCUGCUGUCCCUGCAGGAGAAGGAGCACGCCUCGCGGCUGCUGGGCUACUGCGGGGACCUCUACGUCACCGAGGGCGUCCCGCACAGCUCCUGGCCCGUGGCCGCACUCCCGCCCCUGCUGCACUUCAAGAUGGCAGACCUGCAGCAGGUGGCGCCCGAGGCCGCCGUGCGCCGCUUCCUGCGGGGCCGCCACUGUGAGCACAGCGCGGACUGCACCUACGGCCGGGACUGCCGGGCGCCCUGUGACACGCUCAUGAGGCAGUGCAAGGGUGACCUGGUGCAGCCCAACCUGGCCAAGGUGUGCGAGCUGCUGCGGGACUACCUGCUGCCCGGCGCCCCCGCAGACCUGCGUGAGGAGCUGGGCGAGCAGCUGCGCACAUGCACCACGCUGAGCGGGUUGGCCAGUCAGGUGGAGGCGCACCACUCGCUGGUGCUGAGCCACCUCAAGACCCUGCUCUGGAAAAAGAUCUCCAACACCAAGUACACCUGACCUGCCGGCCCCCCCCCCCUCCUCCCAGGGCAGAGGACAGCGCUGCAACCCCCUCCAGGACUUUCUGGGGUCCUGGCAUCCUGACCACCCAGACGGAAGCGGCUGGAAUAGGAGGGAAGGAUCCGCUGGUCGAGGGACCUGCCAAGGACAAACCGGGUUUUGUUACUUUGAGGAACAUGUGAUGUAAAUAGCUUUUCUGUGAGUACAGUCCCCUUGGCCCACUCUGGACCCCUGCCCCCAAGUGGCUGGAGGCCCGGGGUGGGGGUGACCCCUCUCCUCCCUGCAGCUCGUCGUGGGGUUACGACUAGACAAAGGGGGAGGCGGUGGGUGAGACGCUGAGCUUUUGGUCUCACUGCCCCAACCUGGAUCAUGGCGGGGUUCGUGGAAAUGUGACUUACACAAUUAUUUCUAAGAACUUCAAGAUUAAAAACUUUUUCUUACAAUGCUUGCUGCUCAAAAA